AGAAGGAGGAGAGAGAGAAAGGAGGACAAGAAGAGGGAGAAAGAGGCAGAAGGAGAAAGAGAGAAAGAGGAGAAGAGUGAGAAGGAAGAGGGAGAGGGAGGAGAUGGAGAAGGAGGAGGAGGAAGACGAUGACUUGCUGCUGGCGGCCGCGGCAGCAGCGGACCCCAGCCCUGUGUUGGGGUUCUGUGAGGCAGCAGGAUCCAUUUGGAUCUAUCCCACUAACUACCCAGUGCGCGGGUACCAGCUGCGCAUGGCCCACGCCGCGCUGCUGGGCAACACGCUGGUCUGCCUCCCCACCGGGCUGGGGAAAACCUUCGUGGCUGCCGUGGUGAUGUACAACUUCUACCGCUGGUUCCCCUCCGGCAAGGUGCUGUUCCUCGCCCCGACCAAGCCGCUGGUGGCACAGCAGAUGGAGGCGUGCGCCCGUGUCAUGGGCAUCCCGGCGCGGCACAUGGCCGAGAUGACAGGGGGAACCCAGGCCCUGAAUCGGAGGGAACUGUGGAAUACCAAGAGAGUCUUUUUCCUUACCCCUCAAAUAAUGGUGAAUGAUCUUUCUCGUGGGACAUGCCCUGCUGUCGAGAUUAAAUGUUUGGUGAUUGAUGAAGCCCACAAAGCCCUUGGAAAUCAUGCCUACUGCCAGGUUGUGCGGGAACUGAGCAAAUACACAAAUCAGUUCCGGAUCCUGGCCCUCAGCGCCACCCCAGGCAGUGACACCAAGUCUGUGCAGCAAGUGAUUUCCAACCUGCUCAUUGCUCAGAUAGAGCAGUGUUCUGAGGACUCUCCGGAAAUCCAGCCCUAUUCUCACGAGCGACAAGUGGAAAAAAUCGUUGUUCCGCUUGGUGAAGAAUUGGUAGAAAUUCAGAAUGCAUACAUCCGGGUACUGGAGACGUUUGCGGGACGCCUGAUUAAGAUAGGGGUUUUAGCAAGGCGAGACAUCCCCAGCCUGACAAAGUACCAGAUAAUUCUGGCAAGAGAUCAGUACAGGAAGAACCCUUCUUCACGGAACGUGGGAAUCCAUCAAGGCAUUGUUGAAGGAGACUUUGCGCUGUGCAUCAGCUUAUAUCAUGGUUAUGAGCUGCUGCUGCAAAUGGGAGCGCGGUCGUUAUUUAUCUACCUUUGCGGAAUCAUGGAUGGAUCUAAAGGGUUAACCCGUACGAAAAACGAACUUGGCCGUAAUGAGGACUUCAUGAAGCUCUAUCAGCAGCUUAGAGACAAAUUUUCAGGCACAUCUCUGUCUUCAGCGAGUGGAAAUGGUUACAAGAGUGAAACAGUGUUAGAAAAUAAAGGAGAAUUUAUCUAUGGCCAUCCGAAAUUAAGGAAGUUGGAGGAAAUUGUCAUAGAACACUUCAAAUCCUGGAAAACUGAAUGUUCUGUUCGAGUCACGACUGCAGACACAUCUGUGGAUACCAGAGUGAUGAUCUUCUCGUCGUUCCGAGACAGCGUGCAAGAGAUCGCUGACAUGCUCUCCCGGCUCAGCCCAGUCGUUCGGGUCAUGAUGUUUGUUGGCCACUCCACAGGAAGAAGCACGAAAGGCUUCACGCAAAAGGAACAGCUUGAGGUGGUGAAACGCUUCCGUGAGGGUGGUUAUAACACCCUGGUCUCCACCUGUGUUGGUGAAGAAGGCCUGGACAUCGGUGAAGUGGAUCUCAUCAUCUGCUUUGACGCUCAGAAAAGUCCAAUCCGCCUCGUGCAGAGGAUGGGCCGGACGGGGCGCAAGCGGCAAGGCAGGAUCGUGGUCAUCCUCGCCGAAGGGCGGGAGGAACGGACCUACAACCAAAGCCAGUCGAACAAGAGGAGCAUCCACAAAGCUAUUUCAGGAAACAAAAUGCUUCAUUUCUACCAGCACAGCCCACGCAUGAUUCCGGAAAACAUCAAUCCAAAGUUGCACAAAAUGUUUAUUACUGCUGAAAAAUACGAACCAAGCAGUUCAAGAGCACAUUCCAAAGAGAGAAGAUCUGGCUCCCUCCAGCACAAAUCUGCUCUCUUUGCCUCUGUCACCGGCCAAAAGCAAACACACUGUCGUGAGUAUUGGUUUCUGUCACCUGAGGAAUUUGAAACAUGGGACCAACUUUACAGGAUCAAGGAAAGCGAUGGAAUACAGCAACCAACAUUGCCCCCAGUUCAGUUUGAAACCUUAGAAAACCUGGAAGAAAUAUCAGCACAGAAGCCCAAGGAGGAGGCAACUUAUGAGCUUUCCUUUUCCGAAUGGAGGCUUUGGCAGAAUCGUCCCUUUCCUACGUACAUGGUUGACCACUCGGAUCGUUGCUACCAUUUCAUCAGCGUUAUGGAAAUGAUAGAGCGGAUGAGGCACGAGCAGGGAGACUGCAGCUAUGAACGGGAGAUCCGGCCUCACUUACGUAUGGAAGAUGUUCAUGUUCGAAGGGAUAAAAGUCAUCUUUACACAACCAGCUCCACGUUUGAGCAGAAAGCACACUCAUCUAGAAAAGACCCGGUGCACAGAUCAAAAGUAAAACCAUUUGUACCUGAUACAAAUGAUAACGGGAGCAAAUUAUUUUCCACAUUUAAAAUACUAAAGACUCCCAAAGGAAGUUCUGACUUAAAUUCGGAAGGGCCUGUGUUGCCUAUGGAUACAAAUGCUACAGGUUCUUGCUCAGCGGGAAGGCUCUCUCUGGCUGAAAAUGCUGACCAGGGCAGUCAAAAGUACGAAGAGCUAGAGGUGACGUUUGACUUAAAUGCAUGUAUUGACGUGUGUGACAACGGUGAAAGUGCUGUGAUUCCUGGCAGUGCCGCAGUGAAGGAGCACAGUACUGGAGAUAAGGCUUGUCCGGCACUGCGGACAGACCACACAGACUCGGGUUACAGCAGCCUCUCAGCUGAGAAAUCGCCUGUGUCCUCUGACUUGUUUUAUCUUCCUGAACCACACAUGGAUUCAUUUGCCCUUGUGGGGCCUUCUGAGGAGCCUGUGUGGUUAACAGGAGCAGUUUCCCAUGUGAAAAGGCUUUUAGCACAGUCUCCUCCCUCUUUGAGUAAACUUUAUGACUGCGAAAACACAAUAAGAGAUGAAGAACCAGUAAGUCCUUUUCAAAAAGUCAUUCCUGAUGGUUAUUCAGUGAGACCGCAGGACGAAGUCUUCUCUGCAUCCUCAGAAGCUCAGUGUUCUCUGCUGCCCUUUGAAAAUCCAGAAUGGGAAGCCACCAGGGAACCGUGUGCUUCUGUAAGUGCCUGUUUGUCAAAACCUCUGGCAUCCUCUGAGAAUGCUGCCGUUAAAGCCAGAGAGGAGCUUCCCUGGGACGACAGCUUUGACAGUCUGUUUGACAACGAGGAGUUCACUGAAAUUCAGAGUGAAACUCCAGCAGUGAAUCACACUGUGACAACUAACCCUUCACAUACGUUUUGUGUACAAGAAGAGAAAGGAGAUCUUGAGAUGGACAAGAAGAACGUGAUUAUUGAGGAGGAGGAGAAGACUGCGCAGGUGUCUGCUGACAGCGAUGCAAAGGAAGGCAGUUUUUCAGUGAACGAGGCACGUUUGGUCAGUGCAGAUUCAGGCGAGGGGGAUGCUAGGCUGGUUGCGGAGCGAGGCCCAACGUGGUUUCCUUCAGACGAGCGCAGUGUGGACACAGCCCAAACCUGCGAGGAGCUGCCAGCAAGCCGUAAACCCACAGCCAUGGGGGAUCUCGGUGCGACCACGCAGGUUCUGGAUAAUGAUGAUGACCUCUACGACUGCUCUCAGGAACUGUUUUCUGUUACCUUUGAUUUGGGAUUCUCCAUUGAAGAGUGUGAGGAUGAAAUCUUUGAAAAAGAAAUAAAUACUGAUAAUACCAAGAAAUUAGGUGGUGCCUUGGGGAAUUCUAUAGACAUUAAAUCCACUAAAGAUAAAACCAAAUCACUGAAUGAUAGUUCCAGGCCUGAAAUGUUGCCAAAAUGGGAUCACAGAAGUCUUGAGAGAAAAGACAUUUCCACACCAUUGCCAUUCCAGAGCAGGAGCAGGAAUGAUCCAGAAGGGAGCAAGGAUGCUUCCACUGCAGUGCCGUGCUUGAAGUCAGGAGACAGAAGAACGGGAGGUGGAGCACCUGAAGCUUCGGCUUCUGCACGUCCUACCCCAGCAAGCAGAAAGGUUCUGAAUUUUGAAGCUACCAAAAGAAUUCCUAUGAGUGUUUUCCCUAGUGCCAGGGAGGAAAUUCCAGAAGUGUCUCAUUCAGAUACAGUACCUAAAAACAGAAGCCCACAUAGGCAGAACUGUGGGAGUUCAGCCAUUGAUGCACUGGAUUCCCCUUUAAGAGGAACUGAAAGCCUGGCAGACCCUCGUCUUCCCAGUUCACGUGUGCCUCCAGCUGAAGGAACCAGCAGCGAGAGUGAAGAAGAGAUCGUUUUCCAGAGGAAAAAUAGGAGAAUAAACAAUGUUUUGAAGUCUCCUGAGGUGAUGAAUGACAGUGAUGUGGAGUCUCCGAUCCGGGCCUUCAGGAAACGCCGACGCCCACUCACCGUGUCAGACGCGUCCAGUGACGGCAGCGAGGAUUUCCACGAGGGCCUUGUUGGGGCCCCAGCUGGCAGGAGCAGGAAGCGGCCACGGAGGACGGAGCGGCAGAAGGUCACGCGCCGUUGCACAUACAAGAAUGCAGCGAGACAGUUUUUGGAUGAAGAAGCCGAGCUGUCCGAGGAAGGUGCGGAUGGUGUUUCAUCUGAUGAGAGCGAGGACGAAGAGGGCGAGCUGAACUCUUCACUGGCUCAGUUCCUGAACGAUGAUGCAGAGGUCACACAAGCACUAAAAGACUCUGAAAUGAGAGGCAUUUACCUGAAAUCCGUGCGCAGUCCGGCUCUUGGCAACAGCUACAAAAUGGUCCAUCGUGGAUUUAACAGCAUGGCGAUCUUCUCUCAGAUCCCUGAGCAAGACCCAGCUUACGUGGAGGACAGCUUCUGUGUGGGAGAAGAGGAAGAGGAGACCUGCAAGAACAGUGACUCCAGUGAGGAGGAGCCGUGCGUUAAUUUUGAUCUCCUAAAUAACGAGAGUUUCACUGAGGGCAGAAAGCAAUACCUCACUCGCCGCAGGAAAAAGCUGCGCCAGGCCGGGAUGGAAGAGAACCCCUCUGUCCCAGCGCAGAAGAAGAAACCCUCACGGAUCAUUGUUCUCAGUGAUUCCAGUGGGGAAGAAACCAGCGUCAGCACGGAGAAGCCCCUGGAACCAGGCAGUCUCUGGUCAGCACGAGAAGGUGACGGGAUACCCGAGUCACUGCUGUCAGUCCCUCCUGGGCGGUGCAGAGCGGCUGCCGGGGAGAUUGGUGCACACCGGCCUGCGGGAAGUAGUGCGAUCCCUCUCGGCCCAGCAGCCUCUGUAGGUGAAACACGGGAUCUUCCCCCAGACCGUCACGUCAGGAGCACCCGCUGCCCACGGCCGGGGUCUGGUUCCCAUGCAGGGAAGGGCGAUCUCCCGGCUCCCGCUGAGGUGGAAGGUUCUCUGAGCAGCUCCUGUAAGAGCACAGCAGUCCUGCCUCGUUCUGCUCACACGAACUCCUCCUCAGCCCCAGCUCUGUUCCCACACGAGUCUCCGCUCCGUGUCCUGGUGGACAGCCGCGAGAUCUCCUCUGGAGCCGAGGUGAUUUCUGCCCUGAAGGCCGCUCACGGGGUACAGGUGCAGGUCUGCUCCCUGAGCAGCAGCGAUUACAUUGUCAGCAACCGCCUGGCCGUGGAGAGGAGAUUCCUGUCGGAAUUACUGACCUCUGCCAACAGGAAUAAACUGAGCCAGCGGAUCCAGCGCCUGCGGAGCAUGUUUGAGAGGAUCUGUGUGAUCGUGGAAAAGGACAGGACCAAACCAGGAGAAACAUCUCGAUUUCUCCAGAGGACACAGAACUACGAUGCCGUGCUCUCAGCCUUGGUGCGGGCCGGGGUCCGGAUUCUCUUCAGCUCCUGCCAAGAGGAAACUGCCGUCCUGCUCAAAGACCUGGCUCUGCUGGAGCACAGGAAGAACGCUGCUAUUCGCGUCCCAACGGAGGUGGAGGGGCACAAACGGGAGAUGCUCAGCUUCUACUUGACCAUUCCCAACCUCAGCUACCUGGCUGCGCUCAAUCUGUGCCAUUCCUUCAGCUCCAUCAGGGCGAUGGCAAACAGCUCCGUGCAGGACCUUGCGGCGGGCGCCCAGGUGAGCCUGCAGACAGCGGCUGAGAUCCACCACUACCUCCACUACGGCUUCGAGGCGCGGAUGCUGCCCGAGAGCCCCUGCGCCGCCAGGAGCUGAGGGAGCAGAGCUGGACUCUGCUGCACCUGCACUUUACCGAGUCGCGAUGCACUAUGGAAACCAACAGGGCUCGGCCACGCUGCCGCCACAAGAGCUGUGGGGCUGUCUCGGAGCAGCACCGGCUGCGUCCGCCCUUCCCAUCGAUCUGAAAACUAGAGAAUGAGAACAGAAAGGAGACAGAGGAGCCUGUGA